AUGACGCAUACAAAACACCAAAUACGAUCAAUGGCAACAGAAGCAGAACCAGGGCUUAAAACUGUUUUAGUCGCAGGAGGUUCCUAUGCCGGUCACGAGGCCGUUAGAAUCCUAUCAGAAACAUUACCUGAAACACACAAGAUUGUUCUUCUAGAACGAAAUAGUCAUUUCAAUCACGUUUACGUUUUUCCACGUUAUUCAGUCGUUGAUGGACAUACACACAAAGCUUUCAUUCCUUAUACAAAUAUUUUUGGUUCGUCCUUAGAAGGAAGUCGACAUGAUCUGGUGCAAGGUACAUUACUGAACAUCAAUCCACCCGCACAAACAAGUCGAGAUGGAGAAAGUGGUAUUGCAACAUUUAUGCAAAACAAUGAAGAAAAGUCUUUGCCUUUUGAUUAUUUGGUGUAUGCUUUGGGAAGUUAUAGGCCCGGUUCGAUCGAUUUGUGGAAGUCUGCAUACUCCGGAAACAAGGUUGACGGAAUCGAAAAUGUAACAGAGAUUCGAAAAUCAGUCGAAGCUGCAAAGAAUAUCGUAAUCGUUGGUUCCGGUCCUUUGGGAAUCGAAUUCGCAGCCGAUAUUGCUGAUCAUUAUACUGGCGCAGAAGCAAAGAAUGUUACCCUUCUUUCUUCUUCGGUAAAGCUGCUGCCUAAAUUGAAAGAUGAAGUUCACGAAAGAACGUAUGAAUGGCUUAGCCAACAUGGUGUUAAUGUCCUCUUGGGCGAACGAUUAGCAGAACAAAGCCAGGAUGCAAAUGGUGACAUCAACGUAAAGACAAACAAGGGGAACACGAUUCAAGCAGAUUUAGUGCUUGACUGUACAGGUCUGAAAGCAAACACUGCACCUUUAAAGCCAAUCUUGGGAGACAAUUGGCUAGAUCAAACGCCAGCAUGGACAAACGAUAAGCUGCAAUUGCUCAACGUUUCACCUGAUGAAGAUCCAAACAAGAUUCGUUCAUUUGACAAAAUCUACAUUGCAGGUGAUGCAGGUCAUGCAUUUGGAGCUCAUAAAAACGGAGCAAAUGCACGAGAACAAGCCGGGAUCGCAAGUAGAAACAUUUGUCGUCAAAUCGCAAUCACACAACAACAAAGCACAAACCCUGAAUCAUCUUCUUGGGCAAAGAAAUUUCUAGCGGAAAACGGUGAACAGCCAGAUGUAUACAAACCCGGACCGAUCAGUAUCAAAGUAUCACUCGGCCUCAAAGAUGCAAUCUCACAAGGUGCUUAUGGCGUAGCUUAUCGCAAAGGAGAGGGAAGGCCAGAUAUGAAUGUUGAGAAACACUGGAUAAAGCGAGGAUUAUCACUAGACGAAAUGCAUCUAUAG